GUUCGCUGUAGACUUGUACGUGGAACCAGAAAUUUUCAACAAAAUUCCAAAAACCAAAAUGAGCUCCGCCGAGUACUACCCAUUCAAGUGCACACCCACCGUCUACCCCGCGGAUCCUUUCGAUCCCGUCGAGGAUGCGGCCAUUCUGCGCAAGGCCAUGAAGGGCUUCGGCACCGAUGAGAAGGCCAUCAUCGAGAUCCUGGCCCGUCGUGGCAUCGUUCAGCGCCUGGAGAUCGCCGAGGCGUUCAAGACCGCCUACGGCAAGGAUCUGAUUUCGGAUCUGAAGUCUGAACUGGGCGGCAAGUUCGAAGAUGUGAUCUUGGCGCUGAUGACGCCGCUGCCACAGUUCUACGCCCAGGAGCUGCACGACGCCAUUUCGGGUCUGGGUACCGAUGAAGAGGCCAUCAUCGAGAUCCUCUGCACUCUGUCCAACUAUGGCAUCAAGACGAUUGCCCAGUUCUACGAGCAGAGCUUCGGCAAGGCCCUAGAGUCGGACCUCAAGGGCGACACCAGUGGCCAUUUCAAGAGGCUGUGCGUAUCCCUGGUCCAGGGUAACCGCGAUGAGAACCAGGGUGUGGACGAGGCCGCUGCCAUUGCCGAUGCCCAGGCUCUGUUCGACGCCGGUGAGGGACAGUGGGGCACUGAUGAGUCGACCUUCAACUCGAUUCUGAUCACCCGCUCCUACCAGCAACUGCGACAGAUCUUCCUCGAGUACGAGAACCUAUCCGGCCAGGACAUCGAGAAGGCCAUCAAGAAGGAGUUCAGCGGCUCCGUGGAGAAGGGCUUCUUGGCCAUUGUUAAGUGCUGCAAGUCCAAGAUCGACUACUUCUCUGAGCGCCUGCACGAUUCCAUGGCUGGUCUGGGCACCAAGGACAAGACCCUGAUCCGCAUCAUUGUCAGCCGUUCGGAGAUCGAUCUGGGCGACAUCAAGGAGGCAUUCCAGAACAAGUAUGGCAAGAGCCUGGAGUCCUGGAUCAAGGAGGAUGCCGAGACCGAUAUUGGAUACGUGCUAGUAACACUGACUGCUUGGUAGAGCGGAUCCAGAUCCCGAACACGAAUAUAUAUACCCAACACUCCCAAAAUACCAAAAACCAUAGAAGCAAUUGAGAAGAUUGCGUUUCGAAAAUAACAAAAAGUGGCGAACAAAGUUAAAUCAAGUGAAAUUAUAGUUGUUGUGAUGUGUUUCCAAAAUUCCAAUUCGUAAAUUUUAAUGAAACCUACAUAGUAUUUUCACCAUACCCUUGUGCAAUAUCGAAAAACGUCCGUUUUUUAAAACUUUUUUUACGUAUUUUAUUUUGUAUACAUGUUUUUGUAAAUUAUUCAGCAUAGUAAUCGUAUGAAUUUGUGCUUGUAUUAACUAAUAAAGUUAUCUUAAACCGGAAAAAAA